AGCGAUUAUAAUCGUCCUUCGCUGGAAUCGUUUCUGCAAGCAUCCAAAACUGAUGCGGACCAAGAUCUUCGCUUGAGUGGCUUAGCAGUGGUUUCUAGACUGGCCAAUGCACGUCAACCUUUAGUUGAUGUAAGCAAGUCAAGAAUACACAAAAUCGCUCUCGUCACGCUUAAGAAUGAUACAGCGGCAUUUUCGUGUGAAGAUCUAGCACUUAAUGCACAGAACGCCGGAUACUCUGUAGUGACAUAUUUUGGCUUGGGAAAUUGUGGACCAGAUGGAAAUGUAACAAAAACUCAUACGCAAGAGGAGAUAUUGAUUCCCAUUGUGUUUGCUGAGAAUUGUGCCAAUUCCAGCUCUACAGAUUACUAUCCUGCUGAUUUCUCUGAUUUCCUUAAAGCUGCAGACGAAACAGCUGUAAAUAUCAUAGGAACUGAACAAGGGUCUGAUGAGCUCAAUCACAUGGCAGAAUACCUAAAGAGACUUUACUUCUGGUUCCUUUUGGGUCCAAUUAUCACGCUCGAAUUGCUCAGACGAAAGAAGAAACUCUGUUGUGCGACGAUACCACUACAAGUCGAUGAAGAAUCUGCAGCAGGAAACGAAGAAAAUGCGCUGUUAGUCCCAAGAGUUGACGAGGAUCAGGAACAGAAUAUACAAGACAUCACCGGCGAGGAAAUUGAAAGUGAGUCACAACUUCUAAUCAUUACAAUAGGCACAGACACUGACAUAACAACAUUUGACCACAACGGCAGAAUUAAAGUUUGUCUGAUAAUUGAAAGAAGCAUCCGUUACCUCGAAGUUGGUCUUGGUUACGUCCUUCUCACUCUGGCAGCGCUCCCUGUAGGUAUAUCAAGUGGGGGGUUAUCGUUUUUUCGAUUUGAUGUACAAGAAAGAGAUAGACAAGCUAAUUUUUGGGACAAACUUCUACUAGACAACUUCACUGAUAACUUCAGUCCAACACCCUUGAUUCCAUGUAUGCUCACUUUAUGGUGGCCAUUGUUUCAAAUCUUUUGUUUUUUCAUGUACAGUAGGUUUAGUUGUGUGAGCACUUGGACCGUUUCGACAAACGUUUCAAAGUUGAUUCGAAGUGAUUGGUUUUCAUCCAACAUGUAUUUGCUCGUUUUGUGCUUCGUUGUACCGUAUUGUUCUUUCAGCCAAAGUUCAUUCUUGGACAUGUUUCCGGAGUUUUUAUAUUUCAUGUUUUACAAUGUAACGUGCGCAGUUUGCAAUUUUCUUUUUAUAAUUAUCCUCAACAAACACAGAGUUGUCACAAGGUAUGUGUUCUACAUCAGUGUGUGUAUGAUCUGUGCUUAUGUUGAAAGUGACAUAGUAGCUGUGUUUUAUUUUAUUCUCAAUUCUCAAGGCUCCCUGAACAACUUAAAACUCACUGCUCUUCGCACUGUAGCACUUGGCCUCACUUUGACUCUGAGUUUUAGUUCUUCAAUGCACAUAAUUCGCAAAGUUAUGAAGCCACAGGAGUCCUUGUUUGAGGGACUGGGAGAGAGGUGA